UCUAAAAGUGGGUAAUCUCCCAUUACAUUCCAAUCCAACCAGUACUCCCAUAGGAAAGAGAAAGUUGUGAAAUUUUUAACUUCAAACUCCCAAAGCGGAUUCUUGAACUUCUUCACACACGAUUUGGGGUUUUAGGUCUCAAUCCAUUCCAGCCUGUAUAACUUCUUCCCCAACCCUUUCAUCGCUUCUUAGGUUCCAUCUGGCUACAAUCGGACAUCGAACUUACAAAGCUACUAAUUCCAAAAACACAUGUUAAUGAAUCAAAUUGAUCGGUCUUAAUGUCUUGUACCUCCUCAUAGUUUCGGUGAUGAUGUUGAUACGUUCGCUUCCUACUUCCAUCGACGAUCACGGGAAGCAAGAAAGCUCAUGCGUUUGGCUCCCGGUCAAUGAAUCAUGGCAUGAAUCCGCAAAUCCGGUUCCCGUAACCAAACACAACGAUAACGAUAAUACGUUAUGGUCUCGGAACGUAUUAAGUUCUUCCCAGUUAUCAACCGGAGCUAACAUGUCGGAAACAUCUACGCUUAAUCAUGUAUACAAGAGGAGAAUGACUCAAAGGAAGUGUACUCUUGUAUACAAACGAAGAAAGGUUCAACUCGAUAGUUCAAAAUCAGGAUCCGUUGACGGGGAGAUUAUCGAAUCGAAUAUCGAUCUUGGUUCCGCUUCCUUGAAACAACAAAUGGAUGAUGUCGGUGAGUGUUCAUCGUCAAGUGUAGCGAUCGUGGAUGGAACGAGUUCAUGCUUCUCGUUUCUUAAACAAUACGGAGUGCUUGAACGACGUGUUUCUACGAAGAAACCGACAAGUUCGGAUAAUAACGUUUGGUGCUUGAAGGCUUGUAAAGUGUGUGAUCGGGUAACAAAGACGUUAAAAAUGCUGAUUUGUGAUCUUUGUGAAGAACCGGUUCAUAUGUCCUGUUGCAACCCUGUUAUAAAGAAGGUACCAGUUGGUGACUGGUUUUGUAAUUCUUGUUCGAGAACGAAACUUAAGAAAAUGGAGUCGAUUUCCGGCAGAUUGUCGGAAAAUUCUUUAGGUCCGAUAGCAUCUAUGUUGAGAGAUUCUAGUGACGGAUUUAGAUCGAAUGUUCGUAUUGGUGAAGAUUUUCAAGCAGAGGUUCCUGAUUGGUCUGGCCCGAUAACGGAUGACCUUGAUGAUUAUCUAAAACUUAUGGAAGUAAGUCUUUUGGAGUGUGCUAGCUAUCAAGAAUGUGCUACCAGAAAACUUUCAAAACUCAGUUCUAUUGGAAACUGGCUUCAAUGUCGAGAAGUCGUAAAUGGUGUUGAUGGGUCUGUUUGCGGAAAAUGGCGCAGGGCUCCUCUUUUUGAAGUUCAAACUGAUGAUUGGGAGUGUUUCAGCUCUGUUCUCUGGGAUCCAACGCAUGCUGAUUGUGCUGUCCCGCAGGAGCUUGAUACUGAUCAAGUUCUAAAGCAGCUGAAGUAUAUAGAAAUGUUGAGGCCGCGGCUUUCUGCAAAAAGGUGGAAAUUGGGGGUUAACAAGCAUGUGGAUCGUAACGAGCAUACCGAGGAUCCAAGAAAUACACAAAAAUCAUAGGUUUCGUGCAUCAAAUACAUUUAUGCAUAUAUUGUAGAUUUUGGUUAAAGUUUACUGAGCAAGAAUUUUGUGACAGCAUUUUGGCAGUGAUGUCUUCUCAGAGAAUGUGUUACAUGGUUAAUAUUAAAAAAUGCUAACAAAUAGUCUUUUUAUUUGAUAAUUACUUCUUUA